AUGUCCAACGACGGCAAGGCGUUGUACGAUGCGUGCGAUUCCAGUGAUUCGCAAAAGGCGUUGGAUCUGUUGAACAGCUGGUCCGCCGAUCGCGUCCGCGAUGCCGUUCGCUACAAGGAGGAGAAGUUUGACUGCACACCGCUUCACAAGGCCUGUAGCAAUGGUCAUGCUGAUGUUGUUCGUGUGCUGCUGAAGUACGACGACGUUGAUGUGAAUGCCAAGAACAAGCACCGCUAUGCUUGGCAGAUUGGCGACGCCUCGCUGCACAACGCCUGUGCCCUUGGUGACCAUGCUGAUGUUGUACGCGUGCUAUUGGACCACGGCGACGUCGAUGUGAAUGAGCGAGGCGCGGUGCAUGGCGCAGCUGGUCCCCAUUGGGUAAAGGUGGCAGUCCUCGGAAUGGCCCGAACACCUCACAGCUGCACAUGCCAGUUUGGCUGGACACCACUGCAUUGGGCUUGUGACGAGGAUCACAUUGAUGUUGCGCGUCUGGUGCUGGGCCACAACAACAUCGAUGUGCGUGUCAAGGACUAUAAUGGUUACACAGCCCGCAGCAUGGCUGAGGAUUCUAUUGCCGAGGCGUGGCCAGCGAUUAUGGAACACAUCUGGCGUGCUCGACUUGCCGUUCUUGUCAGCAAAGGCUAUCGUGUGGAGCCCGCUCUCUUCUCAUGCCUGUGGUCCGAUCUAGCAAUGGUCGAAGACACCUUGCAAGACGAUUAA